AGUCUACGGCUGAGCGCGAGCUGCCUGCGCUCAGCCCUCAUUCUCCGCUGCACAUUCGGCGGCAGCAGUUGUAGGUGACUCGUGGUACGCUCAAUGUAGGUUAAAUCUUGGAGUAUAUACUUACAUUCAGGAUAAGAUCAACAUUAUAGGAAGCCUGGAAAGAGGCAGCGGCGUGGACAACAUGUAUGGUUUAUCUCAAGGAAAAACUCACGGUGAAAUGCUUAACGACUGACCGUUCGGAGACGGCGUGCUCGUUGUCUGCCUUGCCCAACAUGGCGCUGCGAAGCAUUACCGAGCUGAAUUAGUUCAUCUUGUGCACUGUACGGACGUUCGCCACCUGUACGUUAAGGGACUCCUGAGUACUCCCUCUAUCCGGACUAAGGAAUAUAAUUUGAGUUUUUGUUGGAUUUCGAGGAUGUUGAUAUCACUUCACGAGGCAGUUUUCCAUAACUGGAUAUACAUCGAGACUUUGGAUCAUUAACAUUGUGAAGUCAUCCGCCCACUCCACAAAGUGAACCAUUUGGUCUAUUAUUUUCGGUAUAGAUUCAUAUUUAGUAUUUGUAAAUUGUCCUGCGUUUACUUUUGAUGCCUCGUCUACACUAAUAACUGUCUUCGUUUGAACUGGACGCAUCGACAAGCUCAGUAGGGCUACAUUUUUUUUUCCAUCGCCAAGACCGAGGAAAACAUUUUGAGUUAAACUCGGCAGUUUGUUAUCCACGCGUGAUGGUAAUGUCCAGACAGCCCGCCAAAGAUAACUAAAGAAGAUACCACAAAGCAUGGUGGAUGCGAGCACGGCCUGCAGGAUGAACCCACUGGCUGCGCUCGGCAUUGAUCGCAGUGGCCUUAUGCACGAGAGCCUCCGUGUCCAUGGCGGCAUGGUGUACCCCCCGGGCAUCCACCCGCUGCCCACCGAAAAGGCUAGAGAGGGGGCCUCUCUGCCCCUGGGCUACGCCACUGACCGCAACCUCGACCUGCUGUACAAGCCGGACGUCUCGAAGCCCGGCAACGGGUACGUCGGGCUGUACAAAAGCCCCCCGCCGGGGCUGCAGAAGCCCCUGGUGAUGUCCGGCGCCGGGGCCGACGCCCUGGGGCUGGACCGCCGGGUGGGCCUCGCCGACAAGCCCGCCGAGCUCGCCCUGAACGGGGGCAGCAGCUUCCUGCGGCUCCCCUGGAUGAGCCCCUACCCCGAGGCCACCAUGUACCCCUUCCUGGACUCCCAAAAAUACGCAGCACUUAACAUGUACAAGGCGUCGUUCAUGUCGCAGCCCUCGCCGUACCUGCCGCAGCACCUGGCCUACCAGUCGCUGUGCGCGGGCGCCGCGGCGGGGGGCAGCGCGGCCGAGGCCGAGCGACUCUUCUACAUGUCCCCGUACCACCCCCCGGCGCCCAUAUCCUCCCCGCUGGCCCCGCCGCUGCGCAUCCCCACCGCCACCGUGGCCCCCACCACGCUCUCCCCGCUCAUGCACUGCCAGGACAAAGGCCUGCAGGGCAUGGGGCCCAGGAUCCACCACGAGCCCUCUGCGUUCGGACAGCAGCUGCAUCCGCCGCCGCCGCAGCCCCUGCAGCCUCAACCCCAGCCUCCAGCCCACCACCAGGCACACGCUGACAGGCAACAGCAUAGCGGUAGCGGCGGCAACAGUAGUGGUAACAGCACCGCCACUAACAGCAGCAGCAACAACAACAGCAAGACCAGCCGUAUGCCUUCAAGCAAGAGCUCUAGCUCCACCAGCACCACUAUCAGUAGCAGUAACAGUAGUAGUAGUAGUAGUGGUGUGAACUGCAGUAGUAGCACGAGCAACAGCACGUGUCACCCAGUGGACUCUAGCCCAGCCCUGGUGAUGCAGCCGCCCCGACAGUCCAGCAGACCCGCACAGCCCAGCGCUUCUGCUCCCCCACCUCCCCCUCUUAUCGACAGCACUUUGGACUUCCAGAAACAGCUGUUUCGGAGUCCUCCCUCCUCCUCCUCCUCCUCAGCCACCUCCUCCUCCCCUUCCUCCUCCUCCUCCCCGGCCAUGUCUCAUCCUUACUACUUGAGCAGUGUGUCGCAAGAGCACCGCUCACCAGUGCGCUCCGGCCAAAGCCUGAAGCCAAAGCCCAAGGACGGGAGCUGUGAUCACAGGAGCGGAGGACAGGUGGAGAGGAAGGCCAGCAAGUCUCCCUCGCGAACACCAUCCUCCUCCUCCUCCUCCUCAUCUCUCUCCUCGUCAGAAAAGCCUACCAAAGACCCCGCAGACAAGCCCUUGGACUUGUCGUCUGCCAAGAUGGAAUUCGAAUGCCCUCCCAACGGGUUUCCCACCCCCAAACUCGAGGCCUUGGCCAAGAUGGGCUACCCGGCCCCCUCGGCUCGUUACGGACCGCCGCCCAGCCGCGAGCUGCUCAAAGAGACCCUUUCCCCCUCAUCCUCCACGUCGUCGUCCUCCACCUCUGGUGGGUGUGGGGGUGGCGUUGCUGCUGGCACUUCCUCCUCUGCCUCUUCUUCGGCCAAGACCCCAGAGAGGCCGGAGAUCAUUAGCACUUUACACUCCUCCUGGGUAGUGCCCAACAGCGCGCCCAACACGCUCACGCCGCCCACCCUCCACCCGGACGGCAAAGGCGGCUCGUCGUCCGUCAUCAGAAACAAGGGCGUGGAGCACGUGGUCGUGCACCCCCAGCAGAGGGGCUCCACGUGUCCUCGCAUGGCCGAGGCCAACAGCAACGUUUUGGGGAUGGGCUCUAAUCCCGUUCAUCCCGUGGCAGCGACGGCACCCGCGCCUGUCAUCGUGACUCCAAUCGGGAGGCCGUCGUCUGCCUCGCCUUCUCCAAAGUCCAACGGCGAGUGGCCGAAAUCGAACCCGACUCCGCCCGAAAAGGGGCCCGUCAACCGCAUCGGGGGAACCACUGCCAGCCACCACCACCAACAACAGCAGCAGUGUGUCAAAACGCCUCCGACCACAGUCAAGCCCUUGAAGAAAGCCGAUCCUCAAGACAACAUCCCCUUCAAGCCCCAGCAGCAGCAGCAGCAGCAGCCGCCUCACGUGGAGAACGGACACCCACCUCCUCCUCCUCCAGGCCACCUCUACAUGCCCCAGAGCGAGGCCUACAUGGCCCCGGGCCUGGCGUACAACCGCUACCACCUCCCUUACGGCGUCCACCACGACGCCAUGUCCCUGUCUCAUCUGCAGCUGGCUGGCAAGGGUCCCGUCUACCCCCAUCCCGUGCUGCUGGGCAGCGCCAACCUCUACCAGCAUCGCUUGCCCCCGAAGCACGGCUUGCACUACGGCCUCCCGCCGGGCCACGCGGCCGAGUACCUGACCUACCACGACUCGCAGGAGAUGGUGCACCCGCUCAUGUCCUCCCACCUGGCCAUGGACCCCAAAGUCCGGGAGAGGUUGGAGAUGCGCCCCCAGCCGCACCCGCAGGACAAGCACUGGCACCACGACGACUCCCCGUACAAGAGGCACGGCCUGGCCGAGAGCGAAGCCGCCCUCCACCGGGCGGAACGCGAAGCCGCGGAAAAAGCGGACAGGUCAUCGCACAGCAACAACAACAAGCAGUCUCACAACGGCGCCGCAGUGGCCAAGGAGGAGAUCAUCUGCAUCGACCUGAUCCAAGAUGACACAGAUGGCGGCAGCAGCAGCAGCCCGCAGCCUGGCAAGCACAGCGUGAUCACGGCCAAGAGACGCGAGCCUGGCAGGCCCAAUGGCUGUGGCAGUAGCGGCAGUGGCGGCACCACCACCACCACCACCAGCGGCGGCAGUGAUGGGAGAGAGCCAGAGCUCAUGCAGAUCCUGCGUUCUGGCCAACAACCCCCGUCCUCCACCACCUCCACUGCUGAUCCCCACCAGGCAGAGGCGGCUGAAGCCCAACACGAGGCCUCCUCUGGCAGGCAGGCUCGGCACGUGGAGCCGGCGGUGCUGGUGUGCCCACGGCCAGACUCGCAGGAGGAGGAGGAGGAGUGCAUGUCGGAGGACAGCCCCAUGCCAGACCUCCCAGAGGAGCAGACCCUUCGCUGUGCCCGCACCUCCGGGCACAGGACCUCUGACGAGUCCGAUUACAAAGCAGACAAGCACAGCAGUGCCACUGCAGCAGCUGCUACGGCUGCUCCCAUCUCGACUGCUGCUGCUGGUAACAACAGCGGUUGUGGUGGCAACAAAAACAUUGGCAGCAACAGCAACAGUGGUUGUGCCAGCAGCAACAACAGCAGCAGCAGCAGCAGCAGCAACGUUGGCAGCAAUGCUACUACUAACGCCACCAACAUUCGCCACUACAUGGACCUUCCUCGCCCAUCCUCCAAGGAGGUUUCUCCCCCUCCUACCCCCCAACCGCCACCAGCUCCUCACUCCGCCAAGGACGAGGAGGCGCAAGAGUCUCACGAGGAGGAGGAGGACGGCCCCCACGGAGCCUCCUCCAAGAGCCGGCGCUCCAGCCUCACCAAGCGCAUCGCCAACUCCUCCGGCUACGUGGGCGAUCGCUUCAAGUGCGUCACCACCGAGCUGUACGCCGACUCCAGCAAGCUGGGACGCGAGCAGCGUGCCUUACAGAUGGAAGUCUUAUCACAAGAGGACAGUAAUUUAAGGCAACACGCUGCUAACCGUGAGCGUGCGAUGAUGCGCUUCUCGGAGCUGGAGCUGAAGGAGAAGGAGGGAGGAGGAGGAGUAGGAGGAGGUGUGCCUGCGCCGGGGAGUGCAGCAGCAGCGGCGGGGAGUGCGAGUGUGAGUGCGAGUGGCAGUGUGAGUGCGAGCCGUGAGCUGGCAGCCGGCCAGCGUGGCAGCGAGGGAGACUGGGAACGCAGCCAAGCUCCAGCCUCAGCCUGCUCCAAGCCCCCGGCCACCGCCACCACCCCUACCACCCCUACCACCACCACCACCUCAGCCUCCGCCUCAGCCACCACCACAGCCCCGCAGCCCGACAGGAACGGUGUGUUGCCAUCGUGUGCCACCAACCGCGUCCCCGUGCUCCAGCGCUGCAGCGGCGCCUUCGACGGCCACCCCGGCCCCGCCGCCGGACAACGCGGCAUCAACAGACAAGUCCGCGACAUCGAGGAGCCCCACCGCAGAGGAGCGCCAUUACCACCACCACCAGUACGACUCGACGAAGAUAAGGACAAGCAGCAGCAGCAGCAGCAGCAGCAAGAAGACAAGAAUGCAGAGGAGAGGGAGCCCAAGUGGUCGAGGGAGAGGAGCCUCCAGGAUGGAAAGAGGCCCCCCUUCUUCCCCACCGGCACCCUCCUCCACCAGCCCUCCUCAGCGGAAGCACGGCCCCCCGGGGCCAAGGAUGGUGGGGGCCAGGGGGGCCCCGAGGCAGCCUCGGCAGCAGCGAUGGCGGCCAGGAAACGCGCACACUGCCUGGAGCACGGCCAAGCCCACCCGGACGACUGCAAGCCGGAGCAGAGGAGGCUACAGACUACAGGAGGGCCACAGCAACAGCAACAGCAGCAGCAGGAGAGGGGGAUGAAGAGGAAAGGGAGGGAGGAGGGGGCCCUGCCAGAGGACGACGAUGAAGAGGAGGAUGAAGGAGAGGAAGAAGAGAGGAUGGAGAUGGGCGUUCCGGCAAAGAAAGCCAGGAUGCUGCACAUGGAUGAGUGGCGUGCUGUGGCCGAACACCACCACCAUCAACACCACAACCAUAACCAACAGAAACAACAACAACAACAACAACAACACAACCAACAGAACCAACACCACAACAACAACAACAACAACCAACAACAACAGCAACAACAUCAGCAGCAGCAAAACCAACAGCAGCUGCACCAGCACCACCACCAUUUCCAUCAUCACCACCAACACCAUAACCUGCAACACCAACACCAACAUCAACAUCACCAUCACGCCCAACAGCACCAACAGCCUCACGUUCACGUGCACCACCCUCCUCAUCACCAGCACCACCAACACCAACACCAACACCACCACCAUCAGCUGCAGCCACAGCAAAAACACCAACAAAACCAACACCUUCAGAAUCAGCACCAUAAUAAUCAACACCAACAUGUGACUCAGCAACACCAACAUCAGAAUCAGCUGCAUCAACAGCACAAUCACCACCACCACCACCAUCACCAACAUCAGCACCAUCAGCAGCAGAACCAGGUGCGUCCACCCCUCCAGGCGCGUCCUCUUCCAUCUGCUCCUCCUCCUCAACCUCUCCCCGCUCCAGAGUCGGAGGCCGAGGCCGAGGCCGAGUCGGAGCCCGAGGUCGAGAGCGACGCGGAGGAGGUCAAGAAGCUGAAGGUGUGCAUCGACAUGACCGGCCUGCGCCUCAACCACCGCCAGCGCCAGCAGCUGUGGGAGACCCAGCAGGGCAAGGGCGCCAACCAGCUGCCCCCGCCGACCCUGCAAGCCCAGGCCACGCACCAGGGUACAGGCCCCCACCCACACCCACACCCACACCAACACCCACACCCACACGCAUGCCCAGGCCCACAGGCCCCACACACCCACCAGCACCAGCAUCACCCGCACCACCCUGCACCACAGGGCCACUACCGACGCGACCAGCCCCAGGGGGGUCACCUGGAUGCCCGUCGCCCAGGGCCCAACAACAACAACAGUGGCGUCGGCGGGGGCUGUGGUGGUAGAGGUGACGGUGCUGUUAACACCAUCAACAACAACAACAACAUUCAUAGCAACUGCAACAACAGCAGCAGCAGCAGCAGCAGCGCGACCGCCGGCGCCGGCGCCGCCGAGUGCUGCGAGAGGGGGCCGGCAGCAGGCCCGGACUCCAGGCACAAUCAGAGGGGUCCGGGGCCCGAGCCGAGGGCCAAUCAGAAGCGGCCGGAGGCGGAGCAGAGGAGGAGCUGGCGCGAGGAGGCUCUGAUGGGGUUCAGGGAAGCAGACACAGCAGCCUCGCCCUUGGCACCUACCCAGAGGGAGAGACCCGACCAGCAGAAGCAGCAGCAGCCGCCGCCGCACCACUACCACCACCACCAUCAACACCACCCCCAGCAGCAGCACACCCACCACCACCCUCACCCCCAACCUCAACCCCACCCUGUGCAGCACUGUGCCAGGCAUGCCGCCCAAGCCCAGGCUCAUGCCCACGCCCAGGCACACCCGACCCACCCAGCCCCGGGUGCCAUGCUGGAUGCCAAGCGGCCACAGCAGCAACAGCAGCACCUGCCCGAACAGGCACAGAACCAAAAUCAGACUCAACACCAGGCUCACAACCAAGGCCUCAACCCGACGCAAGGACAGACCCAGACCCAGGCCCAGGGAGUUAACCAUGAUGGUGGUAGCCAGGCGGGCGGCAGGCUGCGCGGCCUGGAGAAGCCCAAAGGCAAGCGGCAGUGCAAGACCAAGCACCUGAGCCAGCGGGAACGCGAACGGGAGCGGGAACGCAAGCUGCAGCAGUCUGCAGGAGCGGAGGAGUGCCCUCAGCUCAGCCCUGCUCAUAUUAACAGCAACAACAACGGCAACAGCAAUGGCAACAGCAACAAGGCAAACGCAGUCAAGCGUGCCGGCAACGGCGCCGCUGCGCGCAAGAGGUCAGCCUCGCUGUCGGAUUACGAGUCCUCGCCGGUCAAGCCCCCCUGCCCGCCCUCGCCCUGCUCCCCGCCCCCCCCUGCCCUGUCCAACAGCAACGCCCCCACCCCUUCCACAACCACCCCCCACCACCACCAUCCCAAUCACCACCACCACCACCAGUGUCACCCAGCUAGUAACAAGCCCUCCCCAGCUACCCCGAAUCCUCCAUCCAACACCACCACCACCCCCUCGUCCCGGCCCCACACCCCAGCCGCGGUGGCCAACGCUCAGGCCGCGGCGGUGGAGCAGUCCCCCGUCAGCAGGCCCAUGCCUCCGGAGGCGCGGCGCCUCAUCGUCAACAAGAACGCCGGCGAGACGCUGCUCCAGAGAGCGGCGAGGCUCGGCUAUGAGGAGGUGGUGCUGUACUGCCUGGAGAACAAGGUGUGUGAGGUGAACCACCGGGACAACGCGGGCUACUGUGCCCUGCACGAGGCCUGCGCCCGCGGCUGGCUCUCCAUCGUCCAGCACCUGGUACAGCACGGGGCCGACAUCAACUGCAGCGCGCAGGACGGCACCAGGCCUCUGCAUGACGCGGUGGAGAAUGACCACCUGGAUGUGGUGCGCUUGCUGCUGUCGUACGGGGCCGACCCCACGCUGGCCACCUACUCCGGCCGCACCCUGCUCAAGAUGACCCACAGCGAGCUCAUGGAAUGCUUCCUGACCGAUUACUUUGCCGAUCUGCAAGGCCGCGGCGAUGACGACCCAGGCCUCUACUGGGAGUUCUACGGCAGCGCAGUGUGUGAGUCGGCGGAGGACGCGGCUGCCUUUGACGUGCUGGCCAACCCUCCGGGCCCCGACGAGGACGAGCAGAAGGAGGUGUUUGAGUUUGAGUUCUCCGACCGGCCCCUGCUACCCUGCUACAACAUCCAGGUCUCCCUCUCCCAGGGACCCAGGAACUGGCUGCUCCUGUCGGACGUGCUGAAGCGCGUCAAGAUGUCCGCCCGGGCCUUCCGCGCCACCUUCACGCACAUCGAGGUGGCCACCAUCGCCGAGGCGGAGUUCUACAAGCAGGCGUCCCUCAGCCAGCUCUUCUCCUGCCCCGAGGAGCUGGAGGGCUUCAUGCCCGACAGCAAGGAGCUGCUGGACCUGGUGGAGAUCACCUCCGAGCUGGUGGCCCUCCUGGGCUCCUCCCUGGAGUGCGUGGACGACUGCAGCUGGGACCCGCUGGCCAAGGCUGCCAGGUGGUGAUUGGCCUAAACAUAC